GUCCGCUCCGCUGAGUCCACUGCGCCCGCCGCUCAUCAUUCGACGAUCGGCAGUCGGGGCGACUGGCUACUCGAGGCACUCGCUUCUGGUUGCAGCCAUGGACGAGAUGGAGGAAGAGCUCAAGUGCCCCGUGUGCGGCUCCUUCUUCCGCGAGCCUAUCAUCCUGCCCUGCUCGCACAACAUUUGCCUGGCGUGCGCUCGCAACAUUUUAGUGCAGACGCCCGACACCGAGUCCCCGCCUAGUAGCCGAGCCUCCGGGUCCGACUACGACUACCUGGACCUGGAUAAGAUGAGCCUAUACAGCGAAGCGGACAGCGGUUACGGCUCGUACGGGGGUUUCGUCAGCCUGCCCACCACGCCGUGCCAAAAGUCCCCCAACGGUGUGCGGGUGUUCCCCCCAGGUCCGGCGCCGGCAGCCCCUCCGCAGCCCAAGCACCACCACCAGCAGCAGCAGCAGCAGCAGCAGCCCUCGUCGCAAGCCGGCUGCCUGGCGCCCAUCCCCCGUAACUCGUGCAUUACGUGCCCGCAGUGCCACCGCAGCCUAGUGUUGGACGAGCGGGGUCUCCGCGGCUUCCCCCGGAACAGGGUGCUGGAGGGCGUCGUGGAACGCUACCGCCAGGGCCGGGCGGCCGCCCUUAAGUGUCAACUGUGCGAAAGGAGCCCCCGGGAGGCCACCGUCAUGUGCGAGCAGUGCGACGUCUCAUACUGCGAGCCGUGCCGGAUGCGAUGCCACCCGCCCCGCGGCCCUCUGGCCAAGCACCGGCUGCUACCGCCAGCCCAGGGCCGGGUAGGUCCCGGGCGCCGCGCCGCCCCGCGCAAAACCUCUACCUGCACGGAACACGAACUGGAAAACCUCAGCAUGUACUGCGUGCAGUGCAAAACACCCGUGUGCUACCAGUGCCUGGAGGAGGGCAAGCACGGUACGCACGAAGUCAAGGCGCUUGGGGCCAUGUGGAAGCUGCACAAGGGUCAGCUGUCUCAGGCACUCAACGGGCUGUCGGAGCGAGCUGGUGAAGCCAAAGAGUUUUUGGUGCAGCUCAGAAACACCGUGCAGCACAUUCAGGAGAAUGGCGUGGAGUUCGAAGCGUGUCUGGUGGCGCAGUGCGACGCCCUCAUCGACGCGCUGAACCGACGCAAAGCUCAGCUACUGGCUUGCAUCAACAAGGAGCACGAACACAAGCUCAAGGUUGUCCGUGACCAGAUCUCUCAUUGCACGGUGAAGUUGCGGCAAACAACGGGUCUGAUGGAGUACUGCCUGGAGGUGAUCAAAGAGAAUGACCCGAGCGGCUUCCUCCAGAUCUCGGACGCGUUGAUCCGGAGGGUGCUGAUGACUGAAAGCCAGUGGGGCAAAGGGACAUUGACGGCAAGGACGACCAGCGACUUUGACCUGACGCUGGAUAGCGCACCGCUCCUGCAAACCAUCCACCAGUUGGACUUUGUGCAGAUGAAAGUGCCUUCAGCUCCAAUGCUGCAGCUUGAAGAAUGCUGCACAGAAAACAACAGCGCCACGUUGUCAUGGAAACAGCCACCGCUCUCCACAAUCGCCGCCGAUGGAUACAUCUUGGAGCUGGACGACGGCGAGGGCGGACACUUCAGGGAAGUGUACGUGGGGACGGAGACCAUCUGCACGGUGGAUGGCCUGCACUAUAACUGUACGUACAAAUCCAGGGUGAAGGCCUUCAACGCCAGCGGGGUGGGACAGUACAGCAAGACCCUCGUCAUGCAGACUUCCCAGGCUGGACUCCCUCCGUGUGAUAUGCAAUCAGUGGCCUGGUUCACCUUCGACACAGCGUCAGCGCAUCCAGACAUCAUCUUGUCCAACGACAACCUGACAGUGACCUGCAACAGCUACGAUGACCGCGUGGCCCUGGGUGGUGCCGCUUUCUCGCGCGGCCUCCACUAUUGGGAGAUGACGCUGGACCGCUACGACAACCACCCCGACCCCGCCUUUGGGGUGGCGCGUGCCGACGUCUUGAAAGACGUCAUGCUGGGCAAGGACGACAAGGCCUGGGCCGUGUAUGUGGACAACAACCGUUCCUGGUUCAUGCACAACAACUCGCACACCAACAGGACGGACGGCGGCAUUGGCAAAGGCUCCACUGUCGGUGUGCUGCUGGACUUGACGCGCGGGAUCCUCAUCUUCCUCAUCAACGACGAGCAGCAGGGCCCUGUGGCUUUCGAGGGUCUGGAAGGCACUUUCUAUCCCGCUGUCAGCCUCAAUCGCAAUGUGCAGGUGACGCUGCACACAGGCUUGCCCAUCCCGGAUUUCUACACUCCAGGAGAGGUGGAUCCGGCAGCUCACAUGUGCUAAAUGCCUCUCCUCCUCACGACUCCCACCCCUGUUCAUUUGGGAAAACGAAGCAAGAAAGGGAAACUAUGGACUCCUAAAGAUUACGCUUUUGUUCCUGUACUCGUCAUGUUUUCGGCGCUUCUCGUUGCUUUUUUGUGAUGACCCAAAAAAAUCGGCUUUUUGUACUUGAUAUCGCAAAGAGUGUACAAGUUGUUGCUGUUUUGGAUUGGAUGUCUAGGUGUAUUGAACAGAGGAGUCUAUUUAGUUGCUUUUUAUUUAGUGUGGGGGAUUCAAAUGGGGGGAUAGCAUUUUUUUUUCUCCCAGGGAAGCACUGAAUGAAUAAUUUAAUCUUGAUCUAUACAUUGAUCGUUUCAGCAAUGUUUACAUUCAAAUCGAAGGAAACACAAAGCAUCAAUUAACAUGUUCAUCUUUUAGAUCUGACGUUUUGUUCAAAAGAAUGAUUUUCAUUCAAAUGUCUGAUAUGUUUCAGUGACAAAAUUGCUUUUCCCUCCCAGUGCUUUAGAUGAAAUGGAACUGAUUUUGUUCAAUGUGUACGUAUCAUGUUAAACUGUUCGAUUUCCCUUAAUUCGAAUAGAAUUGUGGCAGAUUUCUUAAUAUCGGCAAAUAUCGUAUCGCUUUCCAAAGAAACGAUAUCGUAUCAUCAUAAAACUGAUGAUAUACACUUUCAAAAAUAGUGGACACGAGGAUAAGAAAUGUGAGUGUUUGGUGGUAAACUAAACAGGAAAUGGAGCUCUAAAUUUUUCUGCCAGAAAAGUGCCACUUGUUUGUUCAAAAAAAUUUAGCCUUAACAUAUACUUCCAAAAAUUUCAGCAUUGGUGUCUUGCAAGAAAAUGAAGUGAAAAUUAUCCUGCCAGAAAAUUGAGUUCUAAAUUGUACUGCCAGACAAAUUAAGUGAAAUUCAUCCAUCCAGAAUACGAAGCUCUAACUUUCUUUCAUCUGACUUUAGAUGUUUAGCGGCUAUGUUUAUUAAAACUCUCUCCAAGCCAUUGCAGAAGACCUAGACUUCCCAUACCUGCCUGAAUCCUUGAAUUGACAGAUGUGUUGCAUCUGACUCAUUCAUGCAUAAGGUGCUAUAUCCUGCUAUACACUGCUGUUCCACUUGCUGCUACUUACAAAGCUUAGUUAUAAAAACUAUAAGAUAUAUUUAUAUUAAGAUUAUAUUUGUACAGUAUUAACUCAUUGGCUGCCAUUGGCCUCCCAUUCCUAAAAGAUUGGAUGUCUACCGUCGUCAAUGGCCGCCAGUGACGGGAUAUUAUCACCGGGUGUUUAUUUCGUUUCCGUGACAACAGCAUGGUGUUUUUAAUUGAAAAAAAUAAUAGCUUACUAGCAGAUGAUUUAUUGGUCUAGCGCAGCUUUUUCAUAAUUAUUAUGCGCAGUCGCUGGGCGACAUUAGCCAUAUAUGGUAUAAAGUAUACAUACAGUCUAUUGAAAUGUACAUGCGUGGGAUAAUUUCUGUUCUUCUAAUUUAACACCAUGAUAUGGUUGUUUAUGUGUCCUCUAUUACUGGAUGACUGCAAUAUUAUUAUGAUGAUGAUUUGAGCCUACUAUGAGCCUGUGAUUUUGUGUGUAUGUGAAUAUUCAAUAAAUGGUAAUGCUGAAGACCAUAGACGGAGUUUGACUUUUGGGGCAGGGAGGGCACAACAUGUUGAUGACCCCGAAACGUAGUGUCAGCAAUAAAAUUAACUUACAAGAAUAUUUAUAAUCAUAAGUUGACAAUGAGUGUUUUUUGUUUCCCAUCAUUCUUGAGGGGAAUUCUAAAUCAGGCUGCUUAGGCAAUACUUUUCGCCAAGAUUGUCAUGCAUUGAAUAUGGUACGCCCGCCGGUGUCGUGCCAAUGUAGUUACCCCAGUCAAAAAUUGUAUCCCCUGGGCGGAGCCAUAUGGAGGUAGAUUUGUGUCUUUAUUAUUCAACCGAAAAAAUGUCGCUUCAAUAAAAAAA